AUGGAACUUUGCCCUGUAUGCCAGGCAAAGAACCGCCAGCGAUCUCGACCAGCACCCCAAGCGCGACCCAGCCCACACCCUCGCGGACAGACCCUACAAGAUCGCACACGCCCGGAACACGCUCCUCAGGUUAGAUCCCAACUCCCAGCUCGCGACUCGCCAGACUCAACCAACUCCCAACUCCAAGCUCCACAACCUUGGAACAUGGCCGAGGGACCGCCCGAUCUACCAGCUUUCCUUCCACCUCGACACACAGUCACCCCCCCACCACAAUCCAACGCACACUUGGCGAACAUGGCGGAAGGUCCACCCGACCUCCCUGUUCUCCAAUUCCCCAACAACACCGCUUCUCAGCCACAGACCGAUGCACCGGCAUUCAACCUUCCCGGAAGUUCCAACGGCUUUCCAACCUCAGAGGUGCUCCUUCGGGGAUGGGAUGCGAUGGCACAUCGAGGUGCACGCCAACGAGAUCUUGCAGGACAAGAGCUUCAACGGAGUGCAACCGACACCCCACGCCGAUCAUCCCCACCACCACCUUCGCCUCCACCAAAAGACCAUGGUGUUCACCCCCGGGUGCACGCCUGGACGAGACAGGAAACGUCCCAGGCACUCAAGGAACACCACGAUAGAAUCACCCAGCCAUUCGAAGCCCAAUCUUCCGAAACAAGACCAAGGACUCCGGUUAUAUUAAUCCCCGACCCUCUCACUUUGACUCCUUCUACCACUCGUGGUGAAGAGGAGCGAGGUGAGUCGCCAAUCGAUUCGGGGAUGAGGUUUCCGAAGUGGCUUUGA